AGUCACUGAGCCGCCGCCGAGGACUCAGCAGCCUCCCCCUCGAGCCCCCUCGCUUCCCCACGCUCCGUCCCCCCCCCCUUCCCCCGCCCGCCUUCUCCCGCCACCGCCUUCCGCAGGCCGUUUCCACCGAGGAAAAGGAAUCAUAUCGUAUGUCCGCUAUCCAGAACCUCCACUCUUUCGACCCCUUUGCUGAUGCAAGUAAGGGUGAUGACCUGCUUCCUGCUGGGACUGAGGAUUAUAUCCAUAUAAGAAUUCAACAGAGAAACGGGAGGAAGACCCUCACUACUGUCCAGGGGAUCGCUGAUGAUUACGAUAAAAAGAAACUAGUGAAGGCAUUCAAGAAGAAAUUUGCCUGCAAUGGUACUGUAAUUGAGCAUCCAGAAUAUGGAGAAGUAAUUCAGCUACAGGGUGACCAGCGCAAGAACAUAUGCCAGUUCCUCGUCGAGAUUGGACUGGCUAAGGGCGACCAGCUGAAGGUUCAUGGGUUUUAAGUGCUUGUGGCUCACUGAAGCUUAAGUGAGGAUUUCCUUGCAAUGAGUAGAAAAAUUCCCUUCUGUCCCUUGUCACAAGUUUAAAAACCUCACAGCUUGUAUAAUGUAACCAUUUGGGGUCCGCUGUUUAACUUGGACUAGUGUAACUCAUUCAUGUAAUAAACUGAAAAGAGCCAUGCCGUCUAGUCUUGCAGUCCCUCAUUUAAAAAGAGGUAAAUUAGCCUGUCAGUGCUCAGCCUGAAAUAAUCUGAAAUAAUCUCAAAUAAUCUGAUGUUUCAGCCAAGUCCAAAACCCUAGUAGCAUCUGAGACCAUGUCUGUCCAGAGGUUCUUUGGGUGCUCCCUCUGCAGAGCUCCCUGUCUUCCAUUUAAGAAAACUGAUCCUCUGAGCUACUUUUAGUGAUGCUCAGAAGAGUAAGGCCACCAAUACCCAGUUGUACCAUCAAGAUAAAGAUAGCCUUUGGUAGCAGAACAGGGAUUCCCCUGGUGAUUUGCACCACCUGAUCCAGGGAAGGGUUUCAUUUGGGGGCAAUGGCAGGACAUUUUCUUUCUUACAUCACACCAAGGUCUAGUGUUUGACCAGACUUUUAGUAGUAGUGCCCUGCCUCUGGGGGAUGCACAAGUGGAGAGAACACCAUACUGUGAGGCCAACUUUACCUGAAUUAAACUUUUGACAAGGGAACAAAUUUUGAACUAAUGUAUCGAAACAGUCAGUGUAGUAACUGCGGAGCUUGCCUCUUAAUAGCAACAGCUGCCCAAUGCCAUGUGAAGUUAACAGACUGGUUUGGUUUUGGUUUUUUUUUAUUAGUUUAAAUGUUAUGUAAUGUAUUUAAGCUCUUAUUUAAAUAAAACUGGUUUUCAGAAA